UGUUCGGAUGCGCGAUCAAGAGUAAACGUACUCCGACGCUCGUGCUGUUCGGUUCUCUCGUUUUUUCAAGAGAGACUUCUUGUUACCUGCCUUAUAAGUUUACUAAACUAAUAAGUAUGGGAAAGUGUCUCAGGAUUUUAUCGAUACUACUAUUUGUUGGCUUUUGUUGGGCUGCCCCUCAAAAUGGAGGAACUCCUAAUUUAGACGAGCUUAUCAGCAAUGUAUUUGGUCAAAAUCCUAAUGCUCCAGGUCCGAAUGGCAAUCAAGGAAACGGCCAGAAUCCUAAUCUACCUGUAGGACAGAAUCCUAAUGUGGGUGUAGGACAGAAUCCCAAUGUGGGUGUAGGACAGAAUCCAAAUCUACCCGUGGGACAGAAUCCCAAUGUGGGUGUAGGACAGCUGAACCCCAGUCAGAUGAUGAACAACAACGGCGAGGCCUGCGAAUGCGUGCCCUAUUACCUGUGUUCCAACGGCACGAUCAUCGACAACGGAGUCGGUAUCAUCGACAUUAGAAUAUCGGGUCCCUGCAACAAUUACCUCGACGUCUGCUGCACGGAACCCAACAAGGUGUCCAACGGAUCGCUGAUCCCGCCGACGAAGAAGAGCAAGGGCUGCGGUUACCGCAACCCCGAGGGUGUCGGCUUCCGUAUUACCGGCGCCAAGGACAACGAGGCUCAGUUCGGUGAAUUCCCCUGGAUGGUCGCGAUCCUGAAGGAGGAAGCCGUCGGCACAUCGACCGAGAAACUCAACGUUUACCAGUGCGGUGGUGCGCUCAUUCAUCCCAGCGUCAUUCUUACUGCUGCUCACUGUGUCAACGGAAAGCAACCAUCGAUUCUGAAAAUCCGUGCCGGUGAAUGGGACACUCAGACCAAGAACGAAAUCUUCCCCCAUCAAGAUCGUCGCGUAAGACAGGUCAUAGUGCACGAGUCUUACCACGCCGGAGCUCUCUACAACGACGUUGCUCUGCUCCAUCUCGAAGAGCCCGUCGUCAUUGGCGACCACGUCGAUAUCCUGUGUUUGCCAGCCUCGCCGGCCGUAAUCAACCCCACUCGUUGCUUCGCCAGUGGUUGGGGCAAGGAUAUCUUCGGUAAAGAAGGUCAUUAUCAGGUCAUCUUGAAGCGCGUCGAGCUGCCACUUGUCGACCAUAUGACCUGCCAGAGGUCCCUGAGAACGACUCGUCUCGGCCAAUACUUCAAACUUCACGAAAGCUUCAUCUGCGCCGGUGGCGAGCCCGGAAAAGAUACGUGCAAGGGAGACGGUGGCAGUCCAUUGGUAUGCCCACUGGUUAACGACCCGAAUCGCUACGUGCAAGCUGGUCUCGUCGCUUGGGGCAUCGGUUGCGGAGAAAACCAGAUCCCCGGCGUUUACGCCAACAUUGCCUACUUGAGAAGCUGGAUCGACGGACAAGUCGCUCGUUUGGGCGAAAAUACUGCCGUUUACCAACACAAUUGAAGAUUCAACAAGCUCGUGUAACGUUGCUGUUCUUCUCUUUUACUCGGGCGUCCUUUUCACCGAGUGCCUUCAGUAAAAACAGUCAACUAACAAGUGCUCGAAUGGCUAUAAUGUUUCCUGUGAAAUCGAUACUAUCAUUCAAUUUCGAAAUAAUGUUUUUAAUCAGCAGUGUCGUGAAAGUAUUGUGUAAAAUAAGUAUGACUUCGAUGUAGAAUGAAUGAUUCGUGUAAAUGAAGAAUCUGUUUGAUUGUAAAAUAUACUACUAUACGCAUUAAUGAAUUACUCAAUAAACACAAUCAUUUUAAUUCACUUCUUCAA